GACUACCAUAGUCAACGCAGUGGUUCUAAGGCUUCUUCGACUAUAAGACAUGACCUACAUACCUAGAAUGAAAUGGCGAGCACUAUCAAUCAAGGUCAGUUUUUGAUUACUUGUGGGCUUUGUGAUAAGUCUACACAGCAAUACUGCAACAGCUGUCAAAUGAAUUUAUGUGUAGAUUGUGUAAGUGUCCACGUGGAGAAACUGAAAACGCUAAAGCAUGAUAUUGUCCCUUACCAGGACAGAGAUGUCAAAUUUACUUUCCCACUUUGUGCACAGCAUUCAAAUCAAAGAUGUGAAGCCCAAUGCCAACAAUGUGAUGUACAAGUCUGUAUGAAAUGUAUCAUCAGCAAUCAUAAAGGACACGCUAUUGGCGAAAUACCCAAUAUUUUCAAUAUCCAGAGAUUGGGAAUAGAAAAAGAUACAUCAGAAUUAGAAAAGGUCCUCAUACCAAAGUACAAACAAAACGAAAAAGAUGUCGAUGCUAAGAUCCUAAAGGUAACGCAAGAGCAUGAAGAAAUGGAAAAUGAAGGUGGAAAACUUAGGUGCUUCUGGCAUCAAGAAGUGAAUCGCAUUUUCGAUACCAUUAGAUCUAAUGUCAGAUCUUCAAAGGACGAUCAAACAACAUCGCUGAAGGCACAUCAAGCUAAAGUAAGAGAUGAAGUAAUCAAGAUGACUAAAACACUUCAGCACAAUAAAGAAAUUCUGCUGUCAAACAAAGUGCUUGACGUUACCAAUUACAAAUCCCAAAUAAAUGAGUAUAGAGAUAUGCCCAAAUUGAGCGACGUGGAUAUUCCAGCAUUGAAAACGAAUGUUCUUCUUGGCCAGGAAAUCAGGAUCGCUUUCGGAGAUUUUGAAGCUGCAUUAACACAAGUCAUGGCAUCAGAUUUAAGCACAACUUUCCCUCAUUUGCCGAAGAAGGACCUACUGAAUCCCGUAUUAAUAUUGACCAAUGUUGCAACGGCAGUAAAACCGCUUUUCAGAAUUGCCAUUGCCGGUACAAAUGAAAUUUGGGUCAGUGGAAUUCAGGACAAAACGAUACGACGCUACAAUAUAAAAGGGAUAGAAAUCGAUACCGUUACCACAUCAUGCCCUCAGCAACCUGAUGAUAUAUCGGUAACGAGGAAUGGGGACCUGAUUUUUACUGAUUGUUACCACAGAGAUGUGAAGAUGGUCAAAAAUGGAAAGAUUACUACAUUAUUCAGUACCCCCUGGAGAUGGCAUUCCCGGGGAAUCUGCUGUACAAAAUCGGGGGAAUUCCUCGUGAGUGUCCUACACGUUGACAUGAAACGUCGCAAAAUUCUACGUUAUCAAGAGAAUACGUUGAAACAAGAAAUAGAAAAGGAUGAACAGGGGAACCCAAUUCUUGUUGAAGGCAACUUGAUGGUAUUCCUGGCAGAAAGCAAUAAUGGAGACAUUUGUUGCAGUGACCCUAACGCCCGAGUCAUGCUCAUCAUGGACAGAUAUGGUCACGUCCGAUGUCGGUAUGAUGGUCAGAAAUCAUUGAGAGAAAAGCCGUUUGACCCUGCGGUCAUAGUGACCGAUUCUGCAAAUCUCAUAUUUGUAGCUGAUUGCAACAAUGAAUGUGUACACAUCUUAAAUCAAGAUGGGAAGUUCCUGAUAUGUUUGAUUAAAAUCGGGUCAAUGCCUGCCACGCUGGAUUUGGACAAACAGGGAAGAUUGUGGGUAGGUCUGCGCGAUGAAGGCCAGGUGAAUGUUAUCCAAUAUUUUAAGUAGAUGGAAAGCUAUGGAUUCUAAGAUCUGGGGAACAAUAUGCAGGUUUUGUGAAUCAGCCCCUGGUUGAGAACUUGCAAUGAACUUUACACUUAUAGCAGGUUCUCACUAAAACAUGAUGAAAUCCUAUAUCAACAUAAUGCAUCUCUUUUGUUGCGUUUUCCCCCUGCAAAUUCCCCUCAGCAUAAUAGACAUAUUUCGGUCAAAUAUGACCCAUAUUCAACAAGAAUUUCGGAUUUCAAACAUUUCGGUUGAGCAGCACUGAAAAGACAUUAUUUGUCGAAAUGCGCAUCUGGUGCAUCAAAAUUGGUACCGUAUACGUUUUACAUAUUUGCAACUGUGUUUAAUUUUGCCGCACGUUUGCAGCCAUGAUUAAUUACAGCAAUUCAUCAAUAUGCAGUGGUCUGGCUGCUUACAAAAAUAUUAUAUAUCGAACCUGUAACAUGUGACAUAUUUGCGGCGUGUGUGUAUUUAUGAAAGACAUUAACACUUUUUAUCAUAUUGUCUUGUAUAUUCAUCAAAGAAAGCCCACGAUAAUUCUUCAUUGUCGGUUUCAGUGGUAACCACAUGAUUCCCAAAAUUGAUUUUUUUUUCAGUAAGUCAAUCCGUAUCCAAAUAUUGUUUUUGUUUGUUAUAUGGUUUUUUUUUUUUUUUACGUCUUAAGAAUUUAUCUAUUGGUGACGUGAUAUACUCGUAUAGAGACAUCACUAGCUAUUGGUGAAGUGCUACACUUGUAUAGAGACGUCAUUAGGUAUUGGUGAAGUGCCACAACUUAUGCUUUAUCGUGUAGACGCCUGAUGUGACACUGGAUCUCUGCCUGAUGUGACACAAAACAUCCACCUGAUUUGACACGGGACCUCCACCUGAUGUGACACGGGACCUCCACCUGAUUUGACAUGGGACUUCCACCUGAUGUGACACGGGACAUCCACCUGAUUUGACAUGGGACCUCCGCCUGAUGUAACACGGAGCCUUUGCUUGAUGUGACUCGGGACCUUUGUCUAACACGGGACCUUCGCCUGAUUCGACACCGGACAUCCCCUUAAGGGACACGGGACAUCCGUCUGAUGUGACAUGGGACCUCUGCCUAAUGUGACAAGGGACCUCCGGCUAAUGUGACAUGGAGCCUCCGCCUUGUAUGACACUGAACCUCCCUCUGAUAUGACACGGAACCGCCGUCUGAUUUGCCAUGAGGCCUUCACCUGAUGUGACACUGGACCUCCACCUGAUGUGACACGGGACCUCCACUUGAUUUGACAUGGGACCUCCACCUGAUGUGACACGAGACCUCCGCCUGAUGUGACACGAAGCCUUUGUUUGAUGUGACAUGGGACGUCCACCUGAUGUGACACGGGAUCUCCACCUGAUAUUACACGUGACAUCUGCCUGGAGACAUCCGCCUGAUGUGACACGAGACCUCCGCCUGAUCUGACACGAGACCUCUGCCUGAUGUGACAGGGAACCUCCGCCUAAUCUGACACGGGACAUCCGUCCGAUGUGACAUAGGACCUCUGCCUGAUUUGACACGGGACUUCCGCCUGAUGUGACACGAAAUCUCCACCUGAUGUGACACGAGACCUCCGCUUGAUGUGAUACGGAACCUCCGUUUUUAAGGUGCUAUCAGAAACGUCCGUGACUUUCUCUCCAAACGUCAUGUGCUUAUCGAAGGAACAGCCACAUCCUUUGUUAAAAGUCUUCUGUUCGAUCUAGCGCCAGGAUUCAGAGGCGAACCCGAUCCUCCCAAGAUGGCGAAAUAAGCACUUUAACUAUUGGUCUGUCGCGACCGAUCCAGAUCAUAGUUAUCCGAGUGGACGAAAUUGUGACAUACCAUAUUAUCUCAUCGCCGUUACAGGAAUGCUUAGCAGAUAUAAAAUCUUGGAUGAACGUCAACCUGCUGAAAUUAAACGAAGAAAAAACUGAAUUUAUAGUGUUUACUUCGAAAUAUUCAAACGUUUCACCAUCUUUUCAACUGUCUUUUGGAAAUACCAUUGUUUCCAACUCGGACUGUGUUCGAAACCUUGGUGUUUUCUUCGACAGUGUACUUUCUUUUAAAAAUCAUAUUAGUUCCAUCUCUCGUUCUUGUUAUUAUCAUCUACGGAAUAUUGCACGGAUUCGUUCUUUCAUCAAUGAUGACGCCUGCAAGACACUUAUAUGUUCUCUUGUGUUAUCACGCUUAGACUAUAAAAAUGCACUAUUUAAAGGGCUACCCCAAACAGAUCUGAGCAGGCUACAGACAAAAAUUCAGCAGCUCGACUUGUUGCUCGGGUCAGGAAGCAUGACCAUAUAUCACCGGUGCUUGUGUCCUUGUACUGGCUUCCAGUUGAUUCCCGUGUUGAAUACAAUAUUUUACUACACACAUACAAGGCACUAAACGGAAAGGCACCGGCCUACAUGUGUAUAUCAGCGACCUCAUCACUGUGUACGAACCAAAAUGAUCUCUGCGUUCAUGCAAUUCACGAUUGCUAGAAAAACCCUGCGUUCGUACAAAGACCUAUGGAGAUCGAAUGUUUGAUGUAACAGCUGCCACACUAUGGAACAGUUUACCGAUAGACAUCCGUUCGUGUGGCACUGUCAAAAGUUUUAAGACAAACCUCAAAACAUUUCUUUUUAGGAAAUCUUAUAACCAUAUUUUGUAAUAUAUUCUUUUUUAAAGUAAAGGCUGGUUUGUCGCAUGAACUCGUAAUGUUUAAAUUGUUUUAUUUUAUUUGGAUGUUAUCUUUUAUGCUCUGAUUAAUCUUAUCAUGUUUUACAUUUUACAUUGUUAAAGCGCUUAGGGUAAUUACACAAAUUAUAUAAUGCGCUAUAUAAAUGCCGCACAUAAUAAUAUAAUAAAGCAUGUUAUGAACUUUUAUCCACACCAACAGUACACAGUGUUUCAUCAUUGCACGGACAGGCAGACGAAUAAAAAUCUUAUCUUGAUAAGAUUGCACCUUAUAUCGGGCAAGCAUUCUGAGAGUAUUGCAUAAGCAAUACAUGCUGAAAGGUGGUACCAAGUCACCCUGUUUACCAGUGUGGAAUAAGUUAAAUUUUUCGUUGUUCAUGCAGUUGACGCAUAUUGUUUUCAUUAGGGAUGAAAUAGUCUUAGUCAGAACUCUAUGAUAUUUAAAUUUAAUGUAUAAACAUAUAGCAUAUUCUAAAUAUAGCAAAGUAAAUUUCUGUGUGAUAAAUUUAAUUUCAAAAACAACCAAGAAAAGUUGGUAUUCUGGCAUCGUGAGACGUACCAUUUCCGAUGCAGUUAAAAAGCAUUCAGUCUGGGUCAUCGUCUUUGUAUAAAAUACGUAAUGAAAAAAGUCAAAUAAUCGUGGAAAUGGAACACAAAACAACACACAGAUAUAACAUUCAUUUCUGUAUUUGAAAUACUUAUAAAGGUUUUCUGAAAACCAAUUACUAUCAACUAUAUGAAGGCCAAUUUCAAAUCCUGUUCGUAAAACUAAUUACUAUCAACUAUUUGAAGGCCGAUUUGAUGUGAUGAAUUAAGUACUGCCGACUGAUCCGAUUUCGCUUACCUAUUACAAAGAUAUACUCGCGUGCUUAACAAAUUUGAUAUGCAUUUUCAUUAAUAUAUUCCUUUUUGCGAUUAAUGACCUUGAAAUCAAUGAAAUGAUUUCUUUUACACAAUCACCGAACAAGUUUCGACAACUACCUCUAUUCAGAGGUCCUACUUUUGCAGCCUUUCCAUCGGAACACAAUCCCAAUGGAUAUAAAAUCACAGAAUUAUAUAAAAAUGAAGUUCUUCAACACCUGUCCAUCAAACGAUACGAGAUUUGAACAUGACCUGUUGUUUGCCACUCAAACUACACUGCAAGUUUCAAAUGAAUCCUUGCAGGCAUAAUGGUUGGUUAUUUGGUUGUGUACGUCCCGUCGAGAAUUUUUCGCAGAAAGAUAAUUCGUACCCUCACGUAGGACCCAGGGUCACCCUAAUUUAGUAUGACCCAGGGCCACCCUAUUUUCUACACAGUUUACUACGUCAUUAAAAUAGUCCCACAUAAAAGUGAAAGUACAAUGCAGACGAUGUAUAAUGCACACUACCAAAGGAAAUGGAUAUUGAGCAAGUCAUAAUUGAUCAAUUACAUGUCAUCAUUUCUAAGCAAAAAAUGGUCUAAUCUUAAAAAAAGAUGAUGCACUGCUAUCUGCAUCUCUCCACCAGAUUUUCCAAAAUACGAGAAUGUGAUAUGAACCUAGCUUAUAAUUAAAUACAAUACAGUGAAAUUGAAAUGAACUUGGAAUAUUAUCCUUUUAUUUAUCAAUUAUAUGCAAUUUAUUAACAGAUAAUUAUAAGAUAAUGUUGCACCUGGAAAGGGGGAGGUGGAAGGGGUGAUCUCUGGUCGCCUUCUGAUUUCAGACAUGAAAAUUAAAUUGUCACUAUGGAUUAUAUUGAUGCUACAACAGUGUCAAAGCGAAAUGUUUAGCUCACCUGAGCCAAAGAAUAAAAUGAGCUUAUUUGA